AGAAAGAGAGAAGGAGGGAGAACCCAGGAGUCAAGAUUUAAACCCAGAGAACUAAUGCUGACCACUUCACUGCUCCAGCUAGAGACAGAGAGACACACCUACCACUGCCACAGGAUACUCCUGCCAGUCUACCAUGAGUUAGAAUGCCUAAGAGAAGACUAAAUAUCUUUAAAUAAAUUCUAAAUAAAUUCAUCAGGUUAAGAUCAGAUUGACCAGUGCAGAUGGUUGAUACCUGUAACAGUUUACAACUGUCAGGAAAUAAACGUUUAUCCUGAGAGUAAUCAUAGCUAUCGAAGAUAACAGCUUCCUCCAAGAAGCUAUACCAGGAUUUCAACACUUAAUGUAAGCUCUUUUCUCAAAAGCACAUUGCUUACACUCGGAUACACAACGGACCGACUCGGAGGAAUCUCACUUCUACACAAGACUCUCCCACAGGCCCGCGGCUCUUGGACAGGAGUAGGAAUUUCCGAGGAGGAGAGCGGUGAGUUGAAAAGAGCCUCACAGAGUCCGAAGCAGGGCAGAGGAGAGGAGAGGAGAGAGAUCCGCCAGGCGCCGUGUCCACUGUCUUCCGUCAUGAGUCUGACAGGCACGCUGGAGAAGGGGGCCCACCACCAGGCCCUGGACCUGUCUGAGGAGCUGCCCCCACACUCCCACAACAACCACCACCACCUCCACCCUCACCACCACCACAACCUCCAGCUGCAGCUCCAGCAGGCCAACUCCCUGGCCUCCACGGCCCCAGCCGGGACCCCCGUCAGCGGGUCGGGUGUGGUGGUGCCUCCCCCAUACUCCCUGGGCGAGGAGGGAUCUGGGGGUCGCGGCGGUGGUUCGGACGCCCCACUGGAGCUGCGCGGGUCGCUGGACUGCUGGGCAUGCUCGGUGCUAGUGACCGCGCAGAACCUGGUCAUCGCCGCCAUCAACGCCUGCCUGGCCGGAGUGGUGUUUGGGGUGAUCCUCACACCCGCCAUUGUCAUGGUGGUCUUCGGGUUCCUCUGCCAUUCCACGGUAAGCAGCUUCCAGGUGCGUCCCCACGGCACGUCGGAGUACUGCUCGGACCUGCUGACGGACGGCGGGUGUGUGGCGCUGCUGGUGGUGGGCUUCCUGCUGGUCACUCCGCUCCUGGUGCUGGCGCUGGCCGCCUACUGUCGCCUGGCGCGCCACCUGCAGCUGGGCCUCUGCUUCAUCCCCUACAGCCGCGCCGUCUACAAGAACCUGCCCGCCGCGCGACACCGCGGCAUCACGGGAGGCUGCUGCGGACCCAGGCCCAGCAAGGCCAGCGAGGGGAAGGGGAAGGUGUGGGUGUGAGACGGGGUGAGGUGUGUGUGUGUGUGUGUGUGUGUGUGUGUGGGGUGUGUGUGUGUG